CUGAAUUUUUCAUUAGACCGAUAACUGCUGUAUGUGCAUUUCUGAGGUAAUUUAAGAAUUCAGCAUGUUGGGUCGUUUAAAAUAUGUACUGGGAAUUUUGAUUUUUUCUUUUUUUCUUGCAUCAGUUGUUCAAGGACAAGGUAUGUCAGGUAGUGAUGCAACGUCUGCCGCGGCACCAAAUCUAGCGAUGCAAACAAGAACAUCUGAUGGUGUAGUUGGUGGUCUUCUGAGAUAUUUAAGACCAUUCAGCCGUGUGGUUCUUCAGUUUAUAAACAGUGCUCUAAUACGUACAGCAGGAGUUCAAUUACCCUGCACAAUUUACAAUUUAUCGAAGAUGGAAUAUUCUUGUACACCAGUUAAAGUUAAUGUAACUAUGGCUACAGCUACUGAAUCUACUACUACUACUGCUAGCAGUUAAAAGUUUUAAGAGAAAGAAUAAUAUUUUAUGAACAUAGUUUUAACCAAGCUAAUUUAGUGGUAAUAAUAAACAAUGCACAUCAAUGACUUUUUUAAUUAUGUAUUUAUUUUAUUCUAUAAGUAACAAUGUAUAAACUGACGAAACUAUCAAUAAACUUAAAUAAAACUCCUA